AUGAAAGUUCAUCCAAAGUUGAGGAUAAAUGUCCCAAGGUUACCUAUGGCUACAAUGAUACAAAGAAAGUUUCAAUUCCAAGGCAAAGACAAAGCCAUUUCAAGUGAUACAAACAAGGGGAGCAUAAGGGCUAAGCCAAGGAUAUCACUUGGCUCAGUCUUCUCUAGUGUCCUUGGAAACAAGAGAUAUUCAUUUGUCAAAUAUCCAUCCACAGUGAAGAAAAAUGGAAAAGUGAAGCAUGAUAUCGCUGCACGUGCAUUGUCGAAUGAGUUUGAACCAAAACCAGUUGCAGCUGCAUUGUCUCAGCUUUUUUUACUUGAGCAGGCAUUGGAGAACAAUCAAAGAGGUGAAGGGAAGCAUAGCAGAAUGGAAGAGCAACGUCUGAAAUUUUUAUUGGGUUUUCUAGAGAAGAAGAAAGGGUGGAAUAGUUUCAUUACAGCUAAAUGGAGGGCUAGUAAAAACGAUUUGCAUGGUGUUGUCGCCAGGUUCGGACAAGUUAGGAGGAAGGUUGGUUCAUGGCGCUUAGUUAGGAUUCCAUCCAAAUUAGUUGUCAUUCGCCUCAAGUUGAAGAUGAUAAGGUCUUCCAUGAAAAAGAAAGGGAAAAAAGUUGAUGAGGAUAAUGACAGAGAACUGUGCAAAAAAAGGAUUCUCAUGGGACGAAAAUGCAGACCCUUGUGUUCUCCAAGCCCAGGAUACCUGAGUUAUGAUACAGACAAGCUUCUCUUACCAGAAAUUAUUUCUUGACAAAGGCAUGGUGGCAUCUUUUUUUAAAUAUGAAUAUUUCUUAGAAAUAUUUCGUAUCUUUUAGCUUUUGCAUAGGUUUGUUCCCUUUUGUACUUGGUAAUUAGGUACUGCUUA